UACAAAACAAUACAUCCGUAAUUGCUAUCUUUUAUUAGUUUGUACUGAUAGUAAUAGUACAUUUUAUGAUAACUAUGGCAGGAACUAAAGCCGUUGUUGCUUGCUCGCCUCUUUACAGCAAGAUAUUACUGUCUACGUUUCCACAACAUUUCUCAUUUUGUUUUGCAUAUGGAUCUGGAGUGUUCAGGCAGUCUGGCUCUGAUAUUACAAAGAAUAUGGUAGAUAUGAUUUUCACAGUUAAAGAUCCGUCUACAUGGCACAAAGAGAACAUUAGCCGUAAUCCACAUCAUUAUUCGUCAUUGCGUCGGUUAGGUCAUGCAGCUGUCUCCCGCUUCCAGGAGAAGUGGGGUGCAGAAGUGUAUUUCAACGCUUAUGUUCCUAUAGAAGACGCAGGGGUAACUCUAAAAUAUGGCGUUAUAUCCCAAUCAGCUCUUGUGACCGAUCUACUUGAUUGGAAUUACCUGUACGUAGCAGGUCGGCUUCACAAACCAGUUCAAAUUAUCCAUAAACCUAGUGAUUCUGAACUUCGCUCUGCACUCCAGUUGAACCUCCAUAGUGCUGUUCAUACUGCAUUAUUGAUGCUACCAGAAAACUUCAGUGAACAUGAAUUCUAUAUCACCAUCAGCAACCUGUCUUAUGCUGGUGAUUUCCGCAUGAUAUUUGUGACAAAGAUGUCUAACCUUAUUGGGCCUGCCCUCCCUCCUCAUCUACAGAUGAAGGUGGAAUCUAGUGAAAACCAGGAAACCUCCAAAUCAAAUGAGAGUCAAAUGGAACAAGAUAGAAAGGGGGAUGUUUUGAUUGAUUGUCCUUCCUUACCACCAGAGUUGAUCCAGAGAAUGAAAAAUCCUUCAGUUUUCUUGCCAGAAAUCACAGAGAAGAGAAAUUCACAAGCUCCUGAAAUUGGUCCCUCAUUGCCACCUCACUUAUGUAUAGCUCAUAAUGAUAUAAAGAGCCCUCCAGAAAAUGAAGGUUCCUCAAUAGGACCUGCAUUACCUCCUCAACUAAAGAUGGGACAAAAAACUGAAAAUCAUAAUGAGUCACAGAGUUCUGUUGUGCCUCUUUCAAAAGAAACUGAUGAAGAUGAUGUCAUCUCAUUGCCAAAUCUUGGUGCAGAUGUGUCUCAUGAGGAAGCUUAUGGAGAUGGCCCACAAGAUGAGAUGUACGGCCCUGCUUUGCCUCCAGGUUUGAAAGUAAGACCCAGUAGUUUCAUUCAGGACGUUAAAACUUCAAGAGGGGUGUUGGGACCAUGUUUGCCCCCUGCAGUACAUCUAAGUUAUCCUGUAGAUGAUGGGAGUUCGGACAGCGACGCUGAUGUUGUGGGACCAAUUUUUGCUCCUGAAGGGAUCGGAAAUGCAACGUAUCUUCAGGAUCAGAUCGAUGAUCGGGCAUUGAGAAUGAAGAGGAAACUGGCAGGCAAGGAUGGGAAUCAUGACUGUGGACCAGUGAAACGUGAGAGUUGGAUGUUGGAGUUACCACCUGAUCGAGCAGCUAGCUUCGGUUUGGGGCCGAGACAGUUCCGAGCAAGGGCUAAGCCAGAAUCAGGUGAUCGUUCUGUAUGGACGGACACACCUGCCGAUCGUCUUCAGAAGAAACACACACCACGGGAGAAGUCUGGUCCUGUCGAUAAGCUGGAACUGGCAGCAGUUGAAGAGCGAGACAAGGAGAUGCAACAUCUCGUAGAGAAACACUCUGGAAAGAAGAGACAAGAGUCCCUAUUGGAGGCGCAUCAGAAGGAACUGAAGAAGAUAAAGAAGGGGGGCAAGCACGAAGAGAGGCGGCCGUUCGAUCGCAGCGUUGACCUGCAGGCCAACAGAUUUGAUGAAGCCCAGAAGAAAGCAAUCUUCAAGAAGGCUGCCCUGUUGAACGACCGUUUCUCUAGUGGCCAACGUAAGUUCUUGUGACUUGACGCAUAUUGCACGUAAGCUACAACUAUGGAGACUGAAUGUUUGUUAGAAGUUCUCUGUCACGAGCACACAGACCGAUAAUUUAUCAUUAAUUGCUCCCGCAGGGCAGCGUAAGCAAUGCAUUUGCUUUCACGUGAAUUAUUUGCCUCUCCCUCAAAGAUUCCCAUAACGCCGGUUUUCACGUCUAUCUGGUUUGUGAAAUAUUUGUGAUGAUCGAAAUGCGAAUAAUAUUAGAUUCUAUUUUACGCGAUGAAAUCACGGAGUCCUAUUGACUGUUUUUCCUCUGAUAAAAUACUAAAUUUGCAUUUCUUUCUUUACCCUUAAAUGAGAUUUAUUAUUAAGUAAUUACAUGAUAUAUUUCUGGGUCAUUACUUCUUCUGCAGUUGGUUAUUUAAAGUCUGUAGACAGUCAUUUAAUUUUUGAAGUUUUAUAAUUUUAAAAAUUUAGUUUUGCCAUUCUUUAGAAUAAAAUUGUGAAACAAAAAGUUGUUUGAAAGACCAAAUUUUAAAUCUGUAUGGAUCCUUCAUACAAGUUAACUUGUUUUAGAUGCAUUAAUUAAUUUUAACUUUAUUUAAGUAAGAUCACCACGUGACAUGGAUUUCACUUGGAAUAAAUUCAUCGCUGAUAUAUUUCUGUCACGUGUGUUUAUGCGAUCAUGACCAGGGUCUGGCAUUUAGAGACGACGUAUGAUACGAUAUCAUCCAAGAUGGUAGUAGGUUAAAACAUUGCUGUUGUGUGUUUGUGACAUUUCAAAAUGAUCCGAUAUUAUGGGUCGCGUAGCGAUGGCGAGCUCACUAAUAGCAUCUUAUGUAGUUUCAUAAUAUUGUGUGAACUUAUGUAUGUCUUUCUUUCUAUGUAGAACCACUGUGUAUGAACUAAGAACUUUUAUUCUUAGUGAUGUCUUAGAGUAAAACCCUGAAAUCAGAUUGUCAUCAUGGUGGAAGUCAUAAGACAAAUAUAAUUUAUGUAUUUCCAUUUUA